AUUUGACGAUGUUUCACGAGAUGUAAAAAAUCCGGAAAUCGAUCCUCUGAAAAUGGCGAUGAGCAAAAGCUUUCGAGUUUAUCAUAAGUUGGAACCACCCUACAGCGUUCUGUUAGAGUGUAGGAACAAAGAAGAUACUUUGAUGUUUGAGUCAAAUGCAGUGGCAGUCUUAAGUGAUGUAGAGACAGAGACAAUAAAAAAGCAAUAUACAAAGAUUGUGGAUGCCUAUGGUUGUCUAGGUGUACUUACUCUGAGUAUAGUCCAGGAUGGAGCUCUGGUAAAUGUGCUGUACCUAGUUCUUGUAACAGGCUGUAUAUCAGUGGGGAAGAUUCUGGACUCUGAGAUUUUUAAGAUAACUGCAGUUACUUUCAUAUCUCUGCGAAACCAUCCCGAUGACGAGGCCAGGGUGUCUGAAGUCAAGAAAAUACUCAGUGCAGGAACCUUCUAUUUCUCUUGGACAUCUACCAAUGGAGCCCCCUUUGACCUCAGCUUAUGUGCUCAGAAGAAACACCAGGAUCAUGAUACAGAUAGCAGAUUCUUUUGGAACAGAUCUCUUCACUUCCACUUACAACGAUUUAACAUAGAUUGUGAUGAGUGGUUGUUGAAAGCCAUGUGUGGCGGUGUAGAAAUCAGGACAAUCUAUGCAGCACACAAGCAAGGAAAGGCCUGUCUCAUCUCUAGGCUAAGCUGUGAAAGAGCCGGAACUCGCUUCAAUGUUAGAGGAGUUAAUGAUGAUGGUCAUGUAGCUAACUUUGUGGAGAUUGAACAGGUAAUUUUUAUGGAUGAGCAAGUGAGCUCCUACGUACAGACAAGGGGUUCAGUGCCCCUAUUCUGGGAGCAACCAGGUUUUCAGGUUGGCUCUCAUAAGGUGAGGAUGUCCAGAGGUUAUGAAGCUUCUGCUCCAGCAUUUGAAAGACAUUUUAAAACUUUGAAGGACCGUUAUGGUGACCAGGUCAUUAUCAACCUGCUGGGGAGAAAGGAAGGAGAGCAUACACUCAGCCAGGCUUUUAUGAACCAUCACAAAGCUUCCAGCUACAGCCAGGAUAUUCCCUAUAUAUAUUUUGACUUCCACAUGGAAUGCAGAGGGGGAAACACCAAAAACUUAGAGAAACUAAAGUCCAAAUGUCAAAAGCAGCUUGAUGAAUUUGGGUUCUUUUAUGCUGAAGGAAGUGAUGUGCAGAGAGAGCAAAGUGGAGCCCUGAGAACAAACUGCCUGGAUUGUUUGGAUAGAACUAAUUCCGUGCAGACAUACUUUGGGUUAGAGAUCUUGUCCAGGCAGCUUCAAGCAAUGGGACUGGACAGUAAGCCACAGAUGGUGACCAGGUUCCAGGAGGUUUAUAAACAGAUCUGGUCACUGAAUGGAGACCAUGUCAGCAGGAUAUAUGCAGGCACUGGAGCAUUGAGUGGAGGGAAAACUAAAUACAAAGAUGCUGCCAGGUCAGCCACCCGUGCCAUACAGAAUAACUUCCUAGACAGUAGCAAGCAGGAAGCUAUAGACAUGCUGCUCCUAGGCAGCACUAUGAGAAGUGAGCUGGCAGACAAAGCCAGGGCAUUUCUGGCCACAAAUGACAUGCACUUAUCUCAUACCAUGCUAAAGGAAAUGGUGGUGCGUCAUGAAGAGUACACCAAGCCUUCCAGUCUACGUAUCAGUGUGGGAACCUGGAAUGUCAAUGGACAGCCUCGCUUUAGGAGUAUCGCCCACAAAAAUGAGUCCCUAGAAGACUGGUUAUUGGAUGCACCUAAGAUCACAAAGUCUAACAGGCCUGAUCUUAUAGACGAAUCUGUUGAUUAUGAUUAUCCUGUAGAUAUAUUUGCCAUAGGCUUUGAAGAAAUUGUGGAUUUGAAUGCCAGUAAUAUCAUGAGUGCAAGUACAAGUAAUCAGAGAGAAUGGAGUGCAGAAAUUCAGAAGACAAUCUCUAGAGACCACAAGUAUGUGCUCCUCACCUCAGCACAGCUGGUUGGCGUCUGUCUCUUCAUUUUCAUCAGACCUCAGCAUGCUCCUUAUAUUAGGGAUGUAGCAGUAGACACUAUUAAGACUGGCCUGGGUGGGGCUGCAGGGAACAAAGGGGCCAUAGCCAUCCGAUUCCUCUACCAUUCCACUUCCUUGUGCUUCGUGUGUGCUCACUUUGCUGCUGGCCAGAGCCAGGUACAGGACAGGAACAACCAUUACUUUGACAUUAUCAGGAAGGUGGUCUUUCCUAUGGAGGUGUGCAGGGCCAGGACUCUAGAUUCCCAUGAUUAUGUCUUCUGGUGUGGAGAUUUCAACUACAGAAUUGAACUGCCACGAGAAGAAGUUCUUAGCUUAGUGAAUGACGAGAACUGGGGAGCACUGCAAGCCUGUGAUCAGUUGAUAGUCCAAAGAGAAUUAGGAAACGUAUUUAAAGGGUAUAAUGAGGGCAAGCCAAACUUUGCCCCUACCUACAAGUAUGACUUGUACUGUGAUGACUACGACACCAGUGAAAAGUGUAGAGUGCCUGCUUGGACAGACAGGAUACUGUGGAAGAAGAGAAAGUGGCAGAAAGAUGAAGAUCCAACAGCAAAUUCAGGAAAGGUUUUACUAUACAACAGAGCAGAACUGAAGGUGUCAGACCACAGGCCUGUAAUUGCUCUACUGGAUAUAGAAGUUCUGGCUGUGGAUGAGAAGAGGAGGGAAGAGAUCUAUAAGAAUGUGAUCAGUAACCAAGGUCCCCCUGAUGGUACUGUGGUGAUCAGCAUGGCAGAUGGGGGCGAGUUUGAUGACCAGUCAGUGGACGAUGUCCUCAACUUGGUGGCUGAGGCGGGAGAGGUCAUUUUGGUCAGAUUUGUUGGAGAUGACAUGUUGCUCACAUUCAAAAAUGGGAAAAAUGCUCUAAGUGCUCUAAAAUAUGACCAGUUCACAGUGCAAGGCAAAGUCAUCAGUGUAAUGCUGAAGACUCAAGACUGGCAGGCUAAGAUAGAGAGAGAGGUGGACCUCAGUACUGACCACACCUUUGAGUUGGUGGACCUCAGAAACACAAACAGCUUAUUGCUGGAGGAUUUUAAUAUUCCAACUAUGUUGUUUGAUAUGGAAGGUGACAUAGCUGAGGAUGAGGGUGAUGAAGAGGUAGCAUCAUUCAAUUUGCAGAAUCUCCAGCAGCCCUUACAGCCCUCUCCAGCAGGCACUCCUACAGCAGAUAAUAACAGCCCAGCAGAUAUUUUUGGUUCUAAUACUCAGAUUAAAAUGCCACCUCCUAGACCCAUGGGUGCUCCACCAGUCCCCAGGGGGGUGGCAAAUAAGCCAACAGGGACUCCUCCCCCUGAUGCUGGGUCUGAUAUGACAGGCGGAAUUGUGGCUGAAUUUGAACAGCCACUGCGUAGUUCUCCAAAACCAACAGAGAAGCCCAAAAAGCCCCCUCCUCCCCAGAGGCCGUCUGCUCCCCCCUCCAGACCCCCACAGCCUCAGAGGCCCCCCAUGGCACCCCAAGUAACAGGGCCAGCUAAAGCAGUUCCAGCAAAAGCCAAGCCACCAAUGAGGCCUCAAAUGAUGCCCAAAUCUGAGAGACCCUCGAGACCCAGCAUGAUAGGCCUGCCUACCAAUGUUUCUCAUGCUGGACAUGCCACCACUGUGGAGGAGGCUCAGAAAUUAAUAGAAAAACUAAUGGCUCAAAGCUCCAUUGACAUGGGUGACCUCCCUGAGCCUUUAUUGCCAGGGGCAGGGGCAGCUCCAGCACCAAUGCCAAGAACAAAAGCAGCCAGUACAUACGACUUAUCAAUGGACAGUAGCCCUUCAGUGCCACAGGCUGCACCAAGACAUAAACCAGAUGGGCUGCUAGCAGAAUCACAUGGGUUAUCAAAAAGUACAGGGAAUUUAAUUGCUGAUGAUAAUAUAGAACAAGACAAAUAUAAAAUAGUCACCAAUGAAGUAGAGUCCAGCCUUAAAGUGGAUUGGGGUGCAGCAAAGACAAAGGAGUCCGAGAAAGAAGCUGGGAAACCAACACCUGUUCCACGCCGAGAAAUACACAGUAUGUUUGUUGGGAAGAGCAGUCCAUCUCCACCAUUACCUCAACCAAGAACUAGUGCAAUUAAUAUAGCACCCCGAGGACCCCCUCCCCCAGUACCUGAGCCAGCAGGGAGGGGGCCACCACCACCCGUACCUGCAGCAAGAACAUCUAAAAGCCCAGACACUUCCCCCACUUCCCAGGCCUCUUCCACAAGGGGGCCACCACCCCCGGUUCCACCCUCUAGACCCUCGAAAGAAGAGAGCCGAGGACCUCCGCCUCCUGUCCCUACAACAAGACCUAUGAGACAGGACCUGCCUUCAGGAACCCCCGUUUCUGAGCAGUUGGGUUCCCCUGGGAUGAGCCCCCCUCCUACCCCUCCCCUGGGCAGUCCAGGGAGUCCACCCCCUCCUCCCCCUAACAGGACAGACUCCAUUUCCCCUCCAGAUAGCCCCAAUCACUUUGACUUUGGGCAGAGAAGUGAGGGUGGCUCGGCACCUCCACCAGCUGUACCACCACCCAUACCACAAAGACCUGGCAUGGAGCCUGGACAGAUGGGCACAGAGGAGAAGCCAUUUGUACCACCUAUACCACGUAGGCCUAAUGUUGCUCCAAUGGAUAGGCCCGCAUGAAUUUAGUACAUAAAUAUAUAAGAAAAGAAUUUUAUGUGUAGAAAGAUCUUGCAACAAGGGUAGUUAUCUGUUUUCAUAAUAGAUUGGCGUAUCUUGUGAAAUCUUAAAUCUGGAACUAUGUCAGAAUAACCUGUACUCGUAAGGAAAUGAAUGCACUUUUUGAUGUUUGUUGUAUGCUUUUUCAUUGCUAGACACAAAAGAUAAAUGAUAAUGAUUUAAUUUAUUGGAACUGUGUGACUGGUAUGAAUACUAAUCAGAUUUGGAAAUCUCAGUCUUUUUAUUAUUUUUACAACUGUUAUGGUGUCCUUUGUUUAUGUUGCUGUUUAUGUUGUUUGUUCACAAAAAAAGAGAGGAGCACAUACAAAGUUUUACAUGCUCCAUAUAAAACAUAAAUCCAAUGCUGGAGAUUAUGUAUCAAAAUGACAUUAGGUAUGUGUUGCCAGCAUUAAUGUAUUUACAAGAUGUCUGAUAUAAAUUGUAAUGGAAUAUAUUGCAUAUGCUUAUAUAUUGGGGGGGAAGUAAAUUAUUAAGGCAUUAUAUAGCAUUUAAAUUUGGUCAUUAGGCAUGAUAAAUAUUAUCAAUAUUUAAUAUGUAAUUGUUAUGUUGAAUGUCACUGGGAUCAAGCAAGGUAGGAAAAUUAUGCAUCUCUAGCAGAACCAUUUAUUUCUGUGAUAAGGUAGAAUAUUAUGUUGAGUAGAUUAUUGAGAAUUAUGCAAUAAUGAAGCUAGCU